AUGGGUUUCAUCAACAAUGUCGCUCCCAAGCCAACGGCACCUGCAACAGCUUUCAAUCUCUUACAACGAGCAGAAGCAAGCGAUCAAAUAGUCCUAUCGGUUGCGCCCAACAAUGUUUGCGGAUACAUUUCCGGGAGACUAGGCGCCAGUAGAGCAUGUCCAGCUGAGGAUCGCUGUUACUUCCAUCCUCCGCCAUCUUCAUCAAACGGAGGCGUUAUUUGUUGCGGCAAAACAACUUGCCAAUAUCAUGCUACUUGCAUCAACUCACGAGACUACUUCCAGUCAAGCAAAUGUGUCGGUGGUUGCGAGGUUGACAACUACACUUUAAAAUGUACCAACUCCGAUGCCCCCUACUGCAACACAGUCUCAUGGAAAGGAAACACGCUCGAUUAUUGGUGCAACGACCUCGAUAUCACAACUGCGCAGAGCGCAGCUCUUACGUACAAGGAACAAAAAGAACCCCCGGAAUUUACUACCGCCAAUGAGGAAGACAUGAGUUCGAUAGAUGCACAAAUGAGCAGGGCAAAGACAGGAGGCACCGUUGAUCCAGGCCCAACACAAACAUCACAAUUGACUGCCACUGAGACAAACAACGAUGAUGGUGGCUCAGAAACCCCUGUAGCCGUAAUCGUGGGAGGCACAGUUACAGGUGUCGUUGUGCUCGCUGCUGUGGGUUUAGGGUUAUUCUUCUUCAUGCGUCGCAAGAAGAAGAAGAGUGAAGCUAAGAGCCCACCAGACGACCAACAAACGGAAAACAAAACUGCUUGGUCUCCGGGCCAGCAACCAGGUGCUCCGUAUUACUACGACCCGAAUUCACCUCAGAACAAUCUAGGGCCAAAUGGACAAUACAUUGCUGAGCUUCCGCCUCAACAAAGUGUUGUUCACGAAGCAGAGGGUCAAGCUGUGGCAGCGAAGCCUCAGGAGCUACCUGAUAACGGGAAACCUGCGGAACUUGCAUAG